AUGGCGGCGGCGGCGGCGCGUGGGAUACUGCUUGAGAGCGCCGCGGCAGAGGUCGUGGCUUCCGACGAAACCGAAGACUGGAAACGAGGAGAGAAAGCCACGACAGGACGAGCGGCGCUCUUCGGGCAUCCCCGCGCGCGCGCCCCGCCCACCGCGCGACCUCGCGCAAUAAUGUCGUCCUCCUCCGCCGCGUCCACGCCGCCGCCGCCGCAGCGGAAGAAGAAGGAGAGCGAGAGGGACUGGGCGACGCCGCGCCGCGUCGUCCUUUGCGUCGGCGACGACGACGACGCGAAUAACGUCGCGUGGACGUGGACCGCUUCGCGCCUCCUCGAGCCCGCGGACGACGUCACGCUCCUCAAGGUCUGGGUCCCGGACGACGCCGACUUCGCGGACGAUCUCGAGCCGCGGUACGCGGAGGACGCGUCGUUCGCCGCGGACGCCGCGAGCGCGCGACGCGACCUCCCGCCCGCGGUGCGCGCGGGCGUGGACGCGCGAGAGCGCGCGCACUCGGGGAGUCUGACCGAGGUCGUUCUCCUUCGCGGCGCACGCGCCGGCGACGGCGGCGGCGUCGCGUCGCAGAUCGUGAGAUACUGCGAGCGCCACCGCGCGACGCUCGUCGUCCUCGGCGCGCGCCCGCGGCACGGCGCGGUCGCGCGCGUCGUCCUGGGCAGCGUCUCCGACGCGGUAGUCAACGCGCUUCGCGUCCCGUGCGUCGUCGUCCGCCGCGGCGGCGCGUCCACGGCGGUCGGGAGGCUCGAGGUGGCGUCCGGGCCGGGCGCGGCGGGAGCGACGGCGCGCGUUACGGACGACGAGCGCGCGACGGAGGAGGUUGGGGGGAUCGCGGCGGCGAUGGCGUCGUUGGACGUGACGCCGGAGGAGGAGGAGGAGGAGGAGGAGGACGCCAGCUGUGCGGCGGCGGCGUGGGACGCGGUUCGCGCCGCGGCGGAGGGCGACCGACCGACGCCGACGCCGACGCCGACGCCGACGCCGACGCCGACGCCGACGCCGACGCCGACGCCCGCGACGCCCGCGACCGCGCCGCCGCUGCCGCGCGGUCGACGCGUCGUCAUCGCGGUCGACGGCUCGCGCGUCUCGCGACGGAUGACGACGUGGUGCGUGGAGCGUCUUCUGCGGCCGACGGACGAGGUGAUCUUCGCGCACGCGUUGAAGGGCGCGACGGAGGCGUUUUCCCGCGAGCAUUACGCGGGCGCGGUGUCGCGCGCGGAGAGAGACGUGGAGGCGGCGUGGGAUGAGAUCGAGCCCGCGCUGCGCGCGGAGUGGACGCGCGCGCCGUACCCGGAGCUCGGACCGGGGGAGAAGACCGAGACCAAAAAAUCCACCCGAGGAGACGAAGAAAAAGAGCCGCCGCCGCCGCCGCCGCCGCCGCCGCCGCCGCGCGGGGUGCUGUUCGCGGGCAAACAGAACGCGUCGCUCGUCGAGAAGCUCCCGGACGCGCCGUGGAGCGAGCUCGACGCGUGCGUGCUCGCGGUCGCGACGUUUCUGAGGACGUAUAAGUGCGCGUACCCGCCGAGAGGGGCGCUGCCGCCGCCGCCGGCGCGGUUCGCGCUCGCGACGCUCGCGGCGACGACGCGCGCGGACCUCAUCGUCGUCGGGUCCAGGGGGCUCACCGGGUUGAAGCGCGGGGUGAUGCGGAGCACGAGCACGUACUUGAUCGAGAACGCGUCGUGCCCGUGUUUGGUGUACCGAGAGCCGCCGGUGAGCGAACCGUUCGAGAUGGACGGAUGA